AUGUCUUUGCUCAAGACUUACGCCCUGAGUCUGCUGCUCCUUGGUCUCAUAGCUAUAACAUGUGACGGCCAUAGUUGGGUGGAACAACUCAUGGUCAUUGCACCAAACGGGACCUUUGUUGGAUCUCCAGGGUAUCCUCGGGGAAAUGUACUUCGUACAUCACCCGGGUUCAGCGACACUGCAAUGACCUACCUGAUCUCCUCAACGGCUGGAAUGAAGCCGAACGACAUCGCUCCCUCCAGCAAAAUGUGCAAGGAAAACCAACGAAGGCAGGAUCAAACCAAGGGAAGUCCCCGACUGCAAGCAGCACCUGGGGAUGCAAUUGCCCUUCGAUACCAAGAAAAUGGCCAUGUGACGCUGCCCCAAAACCAGGCGGGUAAGCCCCAUAACCGUGGGACUGUGUACGUCUACGGAACAACCGAACCCAAGCAGGAUGAACGCUUUGUGGAUGUUCACAAGGUCUGGAACAAAGAAGGCACAGGCGGCGAUAAACGCGGCGUGCUCCUUUCCGUACAGAACUUUGAUGAUGGCCAGUGCUACCAAAUCAAUGGUGGCCAGAUUUCUACGACCCGACAAUCCAAGUUCCGACAUGAUGCGAACCAAUUGAUGGGAGCGGAUCUUUGGUGUCAGCAAGAUGUCGCUUUGCCAUCCAGCGCUCCAUCCGGGAAGCCGUACACCCUAUACUGGGUAUGGGAUUGGCCGACAGCUCCGGGUGCCGACCCUUCGUUGUCGAAUGGAAAGCAAGAGAUCUAUACGACGUGUAUGGACGUGGACGUAUCUGACAGACCGCAGAUGCAGAUGCGGGUCCCAACGGGCUAUAAAAAGGGCCAGUCAUUGAACAACGCCGCCAUACCAUCCCAGUUUGCAGAAAUCUUCGGUUCAGACAGGUCCUUGCAGUCCGAAAGCAGUUCCUCGCACAGAGCGGCCGUGGUGCCGCCUACUUCGACUCCAACCCCCUCGGGACCAGCCACAGUCACCACAUUCAUGACUGUGAUGAGGACCGUCUAUCCCAGUGGCUGCUCGAGUCUAGGUUGA